AGUGUCUUUCUAUUUUCCUCGGUAUAUUCAAUUGACAAAAUGUCCAUAACAAAUUCAUUUUUUGCUACUGUUUUUCUAUUUGUUACAUUCAUAACAAGCUCUAUAGCCCAGAAUACCUCUCAAUGUGUCCCUUCUUCCUGUGGCGAUAUUCGCGAUAUAAAAUUCCCCUUCGGAUUGAGGUCUGAUCCCGAGUAUUGUGGUAAGACCGGAUAUGAACUCGAUUGCCAGAACAAUGAAACCAUUUUCCAUUACAAGUCGCGAAAAUUCUACGUCCAGGAAAUUAACUAUACGAACUUCUCAAUUAGGCUACUCGAUCCCAGCCUUAAAAAUCAGAGCGAUAAUUGCUCUGUUUUUCCAGAACACAGGGCAAGUUACGAUGCCAUGACUAGCCUAAUCUUCGGAUGGCUUAGUGUUGACAACGAUAUCAACUAUGUCAACUGUCGUGGUCCAAUCAACUCGUCACUAUACAUUCCUACAAGUUUUUGUAGCACAAAUACAACUGCUACCAAUUCUAGUUUUAGCUAUCUUGUCGUAGGUGAAAUAUUGCAAGAUUCAGAUUUAGCAGGCGGUUGCAGAGUUGAAACUGUGGCAUGGUCAUCAGCUCCGGGGAUUUCACCUAACAUAUCGUCUUCGUUAUCCAGCAUUCAUCAGGCCCUGGGUUACGGAUUUGAGCUCUCUUGGAGGCGUGAUUUCUUAUGCAGAGAGUGUGGGAGAGAUGACGAAUGUGUUUUCGAAGACAAUAGUGAUGUAGCUACUUGUAUUCAUUAUUGUAAAGAGGACACUCCCGUUUCUGAACUUUCUUUCGGAUGCAAAGUCAAGUACUAUUCUGUUUUUGUAUUGGUGUAUGGCGGUAUAGCAAUUGGUGCACUCAUGCUUGUGGGAAUCGCAAUCUUGAUUGCAGUUGUGGUGUGGCAGUGCAAAAGACGGAAUUUGAACACAUCGAACGAUGAUGUGUUGGGGAAUAAAGCUUCUUCCAGUGAACAGAAUUGUUAGAAUUCUUUGAUUUUUAGCUUUAUCGUUAUAGUACUCCAUUUGUUAGUAUCCAUAUGUACAAUCCAAGCUAUUGUGUAUUUUGUUCAGAACUCUAGGACAAGGUCAAUCUAAUCCAGUUUAGUCCUGUAUAGUAUCUAGAGAUUCCAUUAUUGUCUAUUUGAUUCAUUGAUUGUAUAUGUUAUUUUUUUAAAAAUCUUUUGAUUAACCUAAUUCUUGUAAGUGAAUGAAUGGAUAUUUGUGCAUU